AUGACAAAACAUCAAUGGAAAAAUAUUGCUUUAGUUUGUAUUUUUGUGUUGCUAACUUUUAAGGCAUAUUCUUUGCCUCUUUCAACCAACGGAAGAUGGAUUGUUGAUGCUGCAACUGGCCAACGCAUGAAGUUGAUGUGCGUAAAUUGGCCAGGACACAUGCAAGUCAUGUUGGCGGAGGGUCUUCAUCUCAGGCCACUUGAUGAUAUCGCAGUCUUGGUGGCAAAACUACGGUUUAAUUGUGUGCGUUUGACAUACUCGAUCCACAUGUUCACACGCUAUGCCAAUUUAACUGUUCAACAGUCCUUUGAAAAUUUUGAUUUGAAAGAAGCCAUGGCAGGCAUAGCCCGAAACAAUCCUUCUAUAUUGAACAUGACACUCAUUGAGGCUUACAAAGCUGUGGUUGAUUCACUUGCUGUACAUGGAGUCAUGGUAGUUUCUGAUAAUCAUAUAAGUCAGCCACGAUGGUGCUGUAAUAAUGAUGACGGCAAUGGCUUCUUUGGAGAUCGCUAUUUCGAUCCUCAAGAAUGGCUACAAGGAAUCAGUUUAGCAGCUCAAAGUCUAAAAAGUAAAUUUCAAGUGGUGGCGAUGAGUCUAAGAAAUGAACCACGAGGACCAAACCAAAACGUGGAGAUGUGGUUUCAAUAUAUGAGCCAAGGAGCUAAGCUUAUUCACCAAAAUAACCCAGAUGCUUUAGUAGUGAUUUCUGGACUAAGCUACGACACCGAUCUAAGCUUCUUGAAGAAUAGGUCAUUGGGCUUCAACUUGAACAACAAACUUGUAUUUGAAGCUCACUUGUACUCUUUUACAAACAACAUGAGUGAUUCAUGGACAUCGAAACCGCUAAACACAUUUUGUGCUAAUGUCAACCAAGGAUUUGAAGAUCGAGCUGGGUUUCUUGUGAGAGGACAAAACCCAACGCCACUAUUCGUAAGUGAAUUUGGGAUCGACCAAACAGGCAAAAAUGACGGCCAAAAUCGUUAUUUGAGUUGCUUUUUUACUUAUCUUGUUGAGAAUGAUUUUGAUUGGGGCCUAUGGGCAUUACAAGGUAGUUACUACUAUAGGGAAGGUGUAAAAAAUGCUGAGGAAUCCUUUGGUGUCUCAGAUUUCAAUUUUAGACAUGCCAAAAACCCUAAAUUCCUUCAGAGGUUUCAGCUUAUGCAAACCAAACUUCAAGAUCCAAGUUCAAAUCUCACAGCAUCAUUCAUAAUGUACCAUUCUCUUAGUGGUGAAUGUGUGCGGAUGGACAAAAAGUACCAAUUAAGAGUCAGUAGUUGUAAGACCUCUAAUCGUUGGAACCAUAAAGAAGAUGGUGCUCCAAUUAAGUUGGUAGACUCUUUGUUGUGUUUGAAAGCCCUUGGAGAAGGGCUCCCUCCAAUUCUCUCUAAAGACUGCUCGAGCCAACAAAGUGUUUGGAAAUAUGCUUCAAAUGCCAAGCUUCAACUAGCCACCGUUGAUAAACAAGGACAAGCCUUGUGCUUGCAAAGCGUUUCUCAUUCCCAUCAAAUUGUGACUAACAAGUGCAUGUGUCUGGAUGAUUCUCAAUGCCAAGGAGAUCCACAAAGCCAAUGGUUUACCCUUGUCUUUUCAAAUGUAAAUUUAAAUUAG